UAUCACCGUCGACUGCGCGGAAACUUGCUCGGAGGGUUUGUGACAAAAAAUUGCAAUUUAAUUACAAAAAAUUGUUUUAACACUGCGAAAUUGUAAAAGCAACACAGCUCCGGAAGUCGGAGUAUCUGAACAAAUGACGCGUGCCCUGAGGCUGUCCGCGUCGGUGGCAAGGCGGUUGGUUGCAAAGUUCUCGCCGCCCGUAGGUAAGAAGCGCAGCCAUGAAAUACAUCUUGGUCACAGGAGGUGUGAUUAGUGGCAUAGGAAAAGGAGUGAUUGCCAGCAGUGUUGGAACAAUCUUAAAGGCUUGUGGUCUUCGAGUGACUUCUAUCAAAAUUGAUCCCUACAUAAACAUAGAUGCUGGAACUUUCUCACCCUACGAACAUGGCGAGGUGUUUGUGUUGGACGAUGGCGGUGAAGUCGAUUUGGACCUGGGCAACUACGAGCGCUUCCUGGACAUCACUCUUCAUCGUGACAACAACAUAACAACGGGGAAAAUUUAUCAACACGUCAUCAACAAAGAACGGAGGGGUGAUUAUCUAGGGAAGACUGUCCAGGUUGUGCCACACGUAACGGACGCUAUUCAGGAAUGGGUGGAACGGGUAGCGCUUGUUCCGGUCGGUGACUCUAAUUUCACCCCAGAAGUGUGCAUUAUAGAGCUGGGUGGUACCAUAGGAGACAUUGAGGGCAUGCCCUUUGUAGAGGCCUUCCGUCAGUUCCAGUUUAGGGUCAAGAGAGAAAAUUUCUGCUGCGUUCACGUCAGCCUCGUUCCACAACCGAGGACAACUGGCGAACACAAGACAAAGCCAACACAGGCCAGUGUCCGGGAACUUAGGGGUUUAGGAUUGACACCUGAUCUUAUAGUUUGUCGAAGUGAAAAUGAAAUUACCCGAGAUGUCAGGGAAAAGAUCUCAAACUUCUGUCACGUGGAACCCCGUCAAGUGCUGUGCAUGCACGAUGUGCCUUCCAUCUACCACGUCCCAAUCUUUAUGGAAGAACAAGGCAUUGUGGAAUUGUUUGCGGAACGGCUUCACCUUGCUGUACCUGCUCCACGUCCUCGGAGACUCAUGUAUCGUUGGAGGGACUUGGCUGUCAAGGCAGAGAGGCUCAUCCGCGAAGUGACCAUCGGUCUGGUUGGAAAAUAUACCAAGCUAGAAGAUGCUUAUUCGUCGGUCAUCAAGGCCCUACAACAUUCAGCCCUCGCGUGUAACCAUAAACUGACCAUCAAGUACAUCGAUGCUGAAGAGCUGGAAUCACAGAUGAAGUUGGAGGACCCUGUUAAGUUUCACGCAGCUUGGCAGAAUCUAUGUUCUUCAGAUGGUAUCCUUGUGCCUGGUGGAUUUGGUAGUCGAGGCAUUGAGGGGAAAAUUGCUGCGAUAGAAUGGGCCAGGAAGUCCAAGAAGCCAUUCCUAGGGGUCUGUCUCGGACUGCAGUGCGCCAUCAUAGAAUUUGCUCGCAACGUCAUUGGCUGGACAGAGGCCAAUUCUGCUGAGAUUGACCCAGAAACAGUGAGGCCUGUUGUAAUUGAGAUGCCGGAGCAUCAUGUUGGCCAAAUGGGUGGCACGAUGAGGCUAGGAAAGAGAGAAACCAUCUUUGGGAGCAGUGACUCUAUCCUUCGGAAGCUCUACCACAAUGCUGACAUUAUCGAAGAGAGGCACCGACACAGAUACGAGGUGAAUCCACUCUAUGUUGCUGACUUUGAAAGAGCUGGACUGCGAUUUGUCGGUAAAGACACGACAGGAAAAAGGAUGGAAGUCAUUGAGUACGCUGAUCACCCGUACUUUGUGGGAGUGCAAUUUCACCCGGAGUACAUCAGCCGCCCGAUGAAACCCUCUCCACCAUAUCUGGGCUUAGUAUUGGCAUCCUGCGGACGUCUUUCUGGGUACCUGCUUCGUGGAUGUCGUCUAUCGGAACUCAGCGACGUGGGAUCUUCUUCUGAAGAUGACCUCGUCAAUGCCGUGUCCAGCGAGGCAUCCAAUAAAGCUGAGCAGACUGGCUCUCAAGAAAGUGCUCAGUCCGAAUGAAGUAUUUCAAAUGGUGAACAACACAUUUCUGAUACCUCAUAAUUUAGGCUGAAUUGUGAUGACUAUGCAGUGCAGGAACAGAACAUAAUCCUGCAACAUUCCUUUGUUUCCAAACACAUUUUCAAUCCCACACUUUUAGUCUUCUAUGAAGAGGAUCUCCUGCUUGAGAAAGCCGUGCAAGUCUGUAACAUACAAUUCAACCUAAAUUUUGAGCAUUGAGCCUGUUGAGAAGCGCCUGAAACACUUGUGCUUCCAAUAGAAUGUACAUGCUAAAGAAUUUGUUACAUUGGCAUAUUUCAACUAGUAAUUGUAGUAUAUGUGAAAGUAAUCAUGAAAAAUGUCUUGCACCAGUUAAUCCUCUCUGUAGGUUACACUGGAGGCACUGUAUUGGUCAUUGAACAAUAUUUACCAUUCUUAAGCCCAAGGGACCAUGUGAUACAUUCAGAUUUUGUCUUUCUUUCGACUUGGUUAUCAUAAAUUUGCCAGAACAGCAUCAACUGUAAUGUUACUUAUUCUUUACAAUAAAUUUUGCGAUAGGA